UCUGCUGAGUGCUCGAGCGCAAGGGGAUUCCGAGAAUAAGCAAUUCCGUCAGAUUCGACUACAGGUCGCAGAGCCUGAUCACUUCGAUCAAAACCCGAGGCAUUUUGGAAUAAAUCAUCAAUUUUUCAUAAUUAACCCGCGUUCGAGAAAUCCGACCUUUUCACCGAGACUAUCCGAAGGAUUUCCUCCUUUCGAAUGAUAAUGCACCUUUUCGCUUGAGUGGGGUCCACUGUCAGCUAGAGGGGUAGACAAACCCAAGCAGGUUAUGUGGAGGGACUGAGAGCAGAGCAGAGCUUAGAUCUGGGGGAGAAAGAAGCCGUCCAGGCUAAGUGAAAAUGCCACUCAUUCCUGACGAGUCCCCGGCCUGGUGAAGGUCCCCGUCUGAGAUCAAGAGAGCGGAAAGGCGCCACAGAGAGAACCUCCCCCAGGCCUGCCGACAGACACACAUCCCAAACAUCCACAGCCACGGAAUGCGUCAACAUCACUGUGGUGGUGAAAUCUCGCUGACUCCUCACUCCUCGCCGCUCACUGAAUAAGCCUAUACCGGGCAUUCUGGGAGCAUCCGGUGUUCACAGGCACACAGGAAUGGCAGCGAGGGCCGGGUGAGAGCCCCCAAAUGGCUCCCGUCAUGGCCACAGUUUCUGUGUAUUAGUGACUUUUUACACUGUGGAUAAGGGAUGACUUUACAUUGGGCCCAUGGAUUCCAGUAUCUGUAAAGACUAGAACCUGCCCAUGUGCAUACUUACCUCUUAUCAAUAUCUGAAAGUACAGUACCUGAUGACCUAGUGGACCUUGUUAUUCCCAGUAGCAGUGCUGAACCAUACGAGGGGAUCCUAGUAUUGAACAUGACUCAUGGGGAGGAGCCUGACCCUGAGACACACACGGAUUCAGCUGUUCUAACUUAUCUGGAAGGUUUACUGAUGCAUCCCGUGGCGUCUGGGGCUGGGGCCACGGCAACCCGGAGAUCAGAGGCUGCCGGAGGGCACGGCAACCAGGUGGAGCAAGUCAACAAGAUGGCCCGACCCUUCCAGCUGCCCAGCCACGGCCCCGCCAUCGUCACUGUUCAGAAGGCCGGGAACGGCCCUGUCCUGCACCAUGGGGUCUCCCAGAACCUGAAGAAGGCCCGGCUGCUCCGCUCAGGGGCCUGGAAUGAGCCUGGAGCCCAGAGGCUGAGCUCCCCCCCUGUGGAGCUGCCCAGCCAGGGGGGUGGAGGAGACCUGCAAAACGGGGCCUUGGAGGGCUCUCCUCAUGCUGGGGAGAGCACCCUGCUGGCCUCCCUGCUCCAGUCCUUCAGCUCCAGACUGCAGAAUGUAGCCAUGUCGCAGCAGUCCACCAAACCACCCAGCGAGCACUCCCCGCCCACUGUGCCCCCUCCUGCUGCAGACAAGGAGCGGCUCGCCUGCUAUGGCAUGGCCUCCAGCCGCCUCAAGGGCCUGAUGAGGAAGAGCAAGAUGCAGAACCACAGUAGCACGCCUUACAGCCGGCGAGGCCACGGCCAUAGCCAGGACAGGCCCUCUGAGUCCCCCUGCUCGGUACAGAGCAGCACCCCUCCUUCUACCCCUACCGCUUCUACUGCUUCCACUGAUGCUCAGUCCUGUGCAGAACGGCUCAAGGCUGUGGCCAACCUCGUAAAGAUCCGCUCCAGCCCUGCCCCCUCGCCCAAGCCCAGUGUGGCCUGCAGUCAGCUGGCCCUGCUGCUGUCCAGUGAGGCCCACCUGCAGCAGUACAGUAGGGAGCAUGCACUCAAGGUCCAGCACUCGGGACACUCGGCCAGCUCCAGACUGGCCGCCAUGGCAACGCAGCAGACCCAGGACAAGAGGCCGCCCAGUGUGGGAGAGGCUCCGCCCACCAGCACCACCACCGUUGCCCUAGACGCGCAAAGCUCCUUAACUGCCCAAAACAGAAUAGCGACAACAACACUCCCCCACCUGGCACUAAACUCUAGCUCAAGGCAGCGGAGCCCCUCCUCCAUGCUGCCAGCCCACAGCUCACCCUGCCCCACCCCUCUUCCUCUGCCCCUCAACCCCCACACCCACACCGACACCCAGACCCAACCCCAAACCCCCACAAAUGAGAAACGUGGCUUUGACUCGCGCCACGCCAGGCCCCCCCAGACCUGUAGCAGCCUGCUCCUGCUGCUCCUCAACAACCACAACAACCAGAAGCAGCUGACUAAGAACGGGCACCUGGAGGACGACUGUGGGGUCCUGCCCCCUAGCCGUGGCUCCUCAGUCACCUCCGACAGCGAGUGCUCCGUCCAGGAGAAGAGCCUGGUCAAGAGAGAGGAAAGCUGCAGCGACGCAGAGAGCUCCUACUCCAGCUGUUCUCCCAUUGACCUCUCUAUAAGGAGCAGGGCCAGCACCAGAGCCCCAGAGACCAGGCCUAAAGCCACCUCCCCCUCCACCUCUGUUUCUUACUCUUCCUCUUCUACAGCUUUCUCCUCCAGCUCUUCUUCUGCUGUCUUCUCCUCUGCCCCUACUGUUUUCUCUUCCUCCACUGCUUUCUCUUCCUCCUCUACCGUUCUCUCCCCUUCCUCCACUGCUUUCUCUACCUCCUCUACCGUUCUCUCCUCUUCCUCCACUGCUUUCUCUUCCUCCUCUUCCUCCUCCUUAGACAAACUCACUGAGUCCCUGCUAAACAAGUGGAAGCCAGAUCCCUCCGGUUCGAAGGUCCCCCAGGUUAAGAAGGAGAUUGAAAUGAGCACAGACCUUAAGUCCCACCCCAGGGUCACUCUCAUGCAGCUCCUUCUGGAGCGCAAGAAUAACGACAAGGUAAACAAAAUUGUGGUUAAUCCAGAUUUGCAGCAUGACGCAACCCUGUCCAGUCUGUCACGGGGCCCACUUAAAUCACUGGCCCCCUGGGAGGAAGUAAGGACACAGAGCCCUCUGGACAGAUCAGGCCUUCCAUUGUACUCUCUCAGCCGAGACCCCAGCAGCACCCCAUCCCCCUACCCCUCUCCCCAUGUCCAGUCCAGCCCUCUGGAUCUGUGUAAGUCUAAACCCUUCCCUGCUGAGAAAGCUGCAGAUGAGCCGGCGUUCAGCGCCAGUAAACUGUUACAGAACCUGGCCCAGUGCGGCACUGCCUCGCCCUCCCCACCCAUGGUUCCCAGCAAAGUACCCAGACGGGAGCUGGAGGUGGGUGGUGGCAGGCCUCUGGCUCUGCUGGAGAGGCUCAAUGCCCCCAUCCAGAGGAACACAACAAUUACCCCCCUCUCAGACAGGCCCUCGGGCAGCGGCACACCGUCGUUCGGUCGCCGGGGGGAGGUGUCGCCCACCUCGUCCCAGAUCGAGAACCUUUUGGAGCGUCGCACAGUACUACAGCUCCUGCUGGGAGCGAACUCCUCCUCUGCCUCCUCCGUGGCCCCAGCCACCCACAGAGACAGGUCCGGUGGGAGGUGCAGUGUGGAGACAGCAGCGGGGAGCUGCUAUGAGAAGCCCCCUGGCACCUCUGUCAUCUGUGACAGAUCCAAGGGGCCCUCGGCAGCAGAAUUCAAGGUUAAAACUGAACCGGGGGAAGAGGUUCUAGGCCUGUUGUCCUCUACAGUAUGUCAGGAUGUGACGGGCAGAAAGAGAAGGGGAGGAGGAGGAGGGUAUGACGAAAGGCACAGCCCGCUCUCUGAACCCCAGCAGGACCUAAAAAAAGAGCCCAGGCCCACAGAGGUCAUUGCUAAAUAUGGCCUCCUCAGCCAGCUCCUAAAACAGCAGAGCGCCACCUACUACACCAGCGCUAAACAGCCACACACAGAUCGCCGGCCAAGCCCUGUCCCUGUGAAGGAGGAGCAGAGAGACUACCACCACCAGGGGCCCAGCCCUAAAAAGAGACGGCUCUGCUCAGAGCUGGCUAUGAGCCUGAACAAUGGCAGCCCUCAGAGGGCCGUGGUGGACAUUGGAAGCAGCCACAGCCACAAUAGCCUGGUCCAAAGCCUGGUCCAUAGCCAGAUACAGGAGGAGCCUGAUUACUACAGGGACCUCAGGAACCCUAAUGAGGAGGAGGCCCCUGCCAGGAGCCCCAGCAGUGAAGCUCUCCUCCCCAGGGAGAGCCGGGGCUUCAAUGUGCUCAAACAACUGCUCCUGUCUGACAAUUGUCUGAAGGAGCUGUCCCAGCAGCCCCGGGGAGUCCCCAGCCCCUCUGUCCCCUCUGUGCUGCAGACCAACGGCAAAGCCAACGGGAGCAUCCUCAACCUCAAUCAGUCAGGCUACAAUCAACAUGACCUCCUCAACCUGCCUACCCUGCCCUGGCACCACCCCCAUAGCUCCCUCAACUCAGGGCCACCCAGCCACCUCAGACCCCUGCCCACCCCCCAGACAGGGGACAUCAGUCAACGUUCCCCCUGGGGGCGUCACACAGCCCCCCCACCCCGUCAGGACUCGCCCAAACGGUACCCCACCCCGGUGAAACGGGAGCCGGAGAGCCCGGUGCAGUGGGCAGGUCGAGACCAGGAGGAGGAGGGCCGUGACUUGAGCCCAGACUCCCCCCGGCUCACCCGCUCCAACCCCAUCCUGUACUACAUGCUGCAAAAGGGUAGCGCUCAGCUGAGGAGGGAGGGGAGGGACCAGGCGGAGGGGACCCAGGGGUCAGGGCCAGGGGGAGUGAAGGUGAAGGAGGAGCCAGGUAAUGAUGGCCAUGAUGCCUAUGAACACAAACUGAGCUCUGCCACCAUCACCCAGCACUCCUCCUUGUCCCCUCCCUACAAUAACGACAAGCACAGCCACAAAAACGACAGGCUGAACGACUCAUCUGACAAUUGGUAGUUUUAAUGACUUUCAUUAACUAAAACAUAAAAAAUUGCCAAAUUAAUUUGUAGUUAGAUGAGAAGAAAUAACAACAAGGAAUGCAAGAGUGAGGAUUUUGAAUGAAAAGAACCGAGCAAAUGAAUUCAAGGCAUUCUUUUCAUUACUGUAUCAUAAUUAUCGAUGACUCGGUUUACGGAAUGGGUGGUACGAUAUAUCUCUACUUCAACAGAAUGUCAAAUCACUUGCACCAAAAUUAGGUAAUUGUCAAAUUUGAACAUGCCCACUGGUGAUUUCCAUACAGUAUGUAUUUCACAUUCUUAAAGGAAUGAAAGAAAACUUUCAGAGAAGUUGGUUUUACUCCAAUGAUCUGUGUCUGUAUUGCACACAUAUCACUAUUCUGUGUCCUCUUGGUUGGCACCUGUAGAACAUUGAUCAAGAACAUUUCCAGCUACCUUUAUUAUUGAUGACUCCAAAAAAUCACUGCAUCUUUAUUUAUUUUCCCAACAGGAAGUGUUCAGAUAGACAGAGAGCAUACAUUUCUGAUCAAACCCUAAAUAUAGUCAUACCAGGGUAAGCACAGCAGUACAUUAAAACAUACACGAUAGAGACACGUUUAAAGGAAGACCCUGUGAACAAUGUUCAUAAUCAAAAGGUACCCACAGUUCAAUUCUGUUAGAGGGCUCUGUGUUGGUUGCUCCUGCACCUUCUCCUCAAGACUGAUAGAAUUAUAUGAUCAUCAGUGAGUCGACUAUGUCGACUGACAGACAGGGCUCAUGUGGUCACAACGCAUUGCAUUUUGCUUUGAUAUGUAAUGAACUUGUUGGGGCUACGUUUUGACAGUGCAGAUUGGGGGUGACGUCUUAAUAGAUGGUAAUACAACUGGUAAUACAGCUAUUACUGAAUAGUAGUAGCAGAGGUUAUUUAAAAAAACCUUUGACGAGCCUACCUGUGGGACAGUGAGUUGUGGGUGGUUGGAGUAGUUGUAUACCAGUGAAAGCUGCUGAGGGGAGGACCGCUCAUAAUAAUGGCUGGAACGGCGCAAAUGGAAUGGGAUCAAACACAUGGAAACCAUGUGUUUGAUGUUGUUGAUGCCUUUCCACAUAUUCCUCUCCAGCCAUUACCACGUGCCGUCCUCCCCAAUUAAGGUGCCACCAACCUCCUGUGUUGUAUACAGGUUCUGGGCAACAGGUAAAAUACUGCAGCAUCUGCAUAACUAUUAGUUCCCAAUGAAUUCAAAACGAAUGGUUUUGAAAUAUAAAUGCAUAUUCUGAAAUGUAAAAAAUGCAGUCUAAUUUGAUAUUGUACCCCUGAGUUUGCACUGUCAAAGUUGAGCUGUUGGUGUCCUUAAAAAUAAUAUGUUUAUGGCAUGUAAUGAAAAACUGUCAGUGUUGUUAUCCAUUGAGAAUUUGACCGUUUGUAAAGCUUAUCUUGUGUUUCUUGAUUCUCGUGCUUUAUAGACACCUUUUACUUUCUUGGCGCUUUCUUAGCUCAUAUUAAAAUGUCAAAAUAAUUGCAUGGAAAUAAAGAGGAAACCACAGGUACAUUUUAAAGCAGCUGGAUAUGACGUGAACCUGUCACCCAAUAAUCAUUGAGACAUUGUUGGUGUUUUGAGGGCUUAUCUGAUCUCUAGCUCGUUAUUUGGAUUGUACUGUAUUUGAUCCGUUUCUGGUUUCAGUUUCCCACACUGCUGUCAUCCAUUUAGUCUUACAUGUGAUCUUUUUUUAUACACAUACAUAUGAAGUACAUAUUCAGUACGUUUCUUCUAUUAUUAAUAGAUUUUCACAAUGGUUAAAUAUAUUUGUGUAAAUAGUACUUUCAUUAUGAAAGAUAACUAUUUUGUAUUGGUGAAGAAAAAUAUAUUACCCUAGUUUUUAAUGCCCGGAAAAAUGUAAAUAUGAAUUCUAUGCGUAAUAGUGUACAGUAGUAAUAGUGUACAUACAUACAAAUGACAGAGGUUGCUAUGCCCAUUUUUUGGUUGGUUUGUUCUUUGCAUGUGUCUCUAUGUGGUAAAAUGAUAAUCUAUCCUGCGCUGUGUUGUGUAAUACUGUCUGACUCUCCUCACUGCUGCCUGUUGCAUGCAGACGCAUGGGAACUACCUGUGUAUCCCUACUGGUGAUGGGGCAAAAUGUCAAGUCUUAAAAUAGGUCUUUUUAUCACAGAGAGAGGGGGUCAUUUAGAACAUGAACAGUCCCUAAAUAACCACAGACUGUUGAGCAAGUGGAGAAAAUGUGUGAAAAUAAAACAUUGAAUAUUUUUGUGAUUUAGUUUUCUGUUACUGGUUGAUGACAGAGCAGUGGUAUGAAGUACAAUCAUAGACCUACUGGCAUUGAGCAUCUGAAACAUACAUUUGUAGCAAAAAGAACGUUUUUGUUUCAUUUUUCCAUGUGACAACCUGAAACAUUAUUUCAUUUUUUAUUUUUGCAUUUUUUUGGGUGUUCAUUUGCACUGAUAUCUCCAAAAUAAAGUACUAAAAUGCU